UCUCUCUCUCUCUCUCGUUGUAGUGGUGGUAGCAGCGGGAGACAUGUCGUCGUCGACUAAAGUGUCGGCGCUUGAUAUGCCCGACGUGCCGAUGGGGCAGCUGCCGGAGCACCUCCACCUCCAGCGAACCCGCGUCGUCUGCAAGGCCGACGCCCCGAUCCAUACAGAAGGCAUUCAGUACUCUGGUGCUUAUGCAUCGAUUGGAGUUGACAAUAGUCUGGGACCAAACAAGUUCUGCAAGAACUUUAAGACUGAAGUUGUCAGGCUUACUGAGGAUGAGAUUGAAUUUGAUAUGGUUGGCAUUGAUGCUUCACUGGCAAAUGCAUUCAGGAGGAUCCUCAUCGCUGAGGUCCCUAGUAUGGCUAUCGAGAAGGUUCUCAUGGUCAAUAACACAUCAGUGAUAGCAGAUGAGGUGCUGGCCCACAGGCUGGGCCUUGUUCCACUUAAUGCUGACCCGAGACUAUUUGAAUAUCUCUCAGAAAAUGACACUCCAAAUGAACGGAAUACUAUUGUCUAUAAGAUGGAUGUAUCAUGUAAAAAGGGCGGUUCACGAGUUACAGUGAAGUCAGAUCAAUUGAAGUGGCUGCCAAAUGGCAGUGAACUUCAAAUGACCACUUAUGACAGUUCUGCAAAAGCAAAAAGCUAUACAUCAUUCAGCUGUAGUCAAGAUUCCAUGCCAGAAUUCUCUAAAAAACCUCUUGGAGUAAGGUUUGAUGAUAUCAUUCUUGCCAAGCUUGGGCCAGGACAGGUAAUUGAGCUUGAAGCACAUGCUGUAAAAGGCAUGGGCAAAGUACAUGCAAAAUGGUCUCCUGUGGCUACAGCAUGGUACCGGAUGCUCCCUGAGGUUGUAAUAUUGAAAGAAGUAAAAGGUGAUGAUGCUGAAAAGCUUGUAAAGAAAUGUCCAGUUGGUGUCUUUGACAUUGAAGACCUUGGGAAUGGUGAGAAGAAGGCAGUGGUAGCGAACUCACGUACCUGUACAUUAUGCAGAGAAUGCGUUCGUGGGGUAAAUGAAGAACUUGUGGAACUGAGACGUGUCAAAGACCACUUCAUCUUUACCAUUGAAUCAACUGGAGCUUUCUCGCCAGAAGAGCUAUUCAUGAAAGCUGUGAAAAUUUUGGAAGAGAAAUGUGAUCGUGUGAUUUCAGAGCUCUCUUAGUACACAUUCUUAUUUCCUGCAGGACCAGCAUACUUGGUACGAGAUUCUUGCAGCCAAAGAGAUGCAUGUGACAGCAAUCUUUUGCUGAGUGAUGCCAACGGGUUUUUUUUUUGUGUCAAUUUGUAUUAGAUUCAAAGAGAAAUAAAACAAAGGAAUUUUGAUAACAUUUUGAGUGAAUAUAUCGUCACCACCUUUGUGACCAGUCAUAAGAUGAGAUCUAAAUGUAGCUGAUAUUUUCAAUAUAU